AUGUUUCUACUUCGAAUAAUAGGUGGAGCUUGGAAGUCGUUGGGUGGAGCUUGGAAACCAUUGGGUGGAGCUUGGAAGCCAUUAGGCGGAGCUUGGAAGCCGUUGGGUGGAGCUUGGAAACCAUUGGGUGGAGCUUGGAAGCCAUUAGGCGGAGCUUGGAAACCGUUGGGUGGAGCUUGGAAGCCGUUGGGUGGAGCUUGGAAACCGUUGGGUGGAGCUUGGAAGCCAUUAGGCGGAGCUUGGAAACCGUUGGGUGGAGCUUGGAAGCCGUUGGGUGGAGCUUGGAAACCGUUGGGUGGAGCUUGGAAGCCAUUAGGCGGAGCUUGGAAACCGUUGGGUGGAGCUUGGAAGCCGUUGG